CGAGUAUUAAUUUUGAUUAGACCAAGGCUGAGCCCAUAUUAUAAUUUUCUCCAUACAAAUUGUUUGCAACUGCCCUGGCAAGCACCUAAACGAUACUCCUAUGGCGGACGAAAUGGGAAAGGAGCGCUCAACCAGCGGCAACACCGAAGGUGACGAGGAUGAUUACGAAGAAAUAGAAGAAGAAGAAGAUGAUGGAGAAGACGUAGAGCCAGUCAGAGAAGAGUCCCCAGUGCGGACCGAUAAGGCGAGGAUAGAGAGCUUCUUCCGGCGACUGUCGUCGGAGGGAGUCCCGGUGCGAGUCCACGACGUGUUGAUCAGAGGGAACACUAAGACUAAGGAUUCCUUAAUUGAGGCCGAGGUGGAAUUGAUCAAGUCUGCAACUACGCUCCAGGAGCUGCUCCAGGCAUCCAGUUCUGCCAAUGCAAGACUGCAACAACUCGACAUUUUCGAUUCCGUCAAUAUCACUCUUGAUUCCGGACCUCCUGAGCUUCCCCAGACGGCCAAUGUGAUUAUUGAAGUCAUUGAAGCCAAAAACCCUAUUGCCGGAAGCAUAGGGAUGUUCUCGAAACCAGGGUCUAGAAGCUGGUCGCUUGAAAGCUCAUUAAAAUUGAAAAACUUAUUUGGUUAUGGUGAUUUGUGGGAUGGUUCUUUGGCCUAUGGUUGGGACCAAUCUUCGGAAGUAAGUGCUGGUGUGUAUUUACCUAGGUUCAAAAGGUUAACUACUCCUGUUACAGCCAGACUGUCUUUAUUAUCUCAAGAUUGGUUGAAGUUUUCUUCAUACAAGGAAAGAUCGUUAGGCCUUUCCCUUGGUCUAUUGUCAUCCAAAAACCAUGACUUAGCAUACAAUGUCUCUUGGCGAACUUUGACUGAUCCGUCACAAAUGGCCUCUAAGACUGUAAGGAGGCAGCUCGGACAUGGUUUGCUCUCAGUUCUCAAGUAUACAUUUAAAGUUGACAGGAGGAAUUCACCUUUAAGACCAACCCAAGGGCUUGCAUUUGCUUCUACCUCACAGAUCGCUGGCCUUGUACCAGAUUCUCGGAGCAUACGGUUUCUACGUCAGGAGUUUGAUUUUCGUUAUGCUUUACCUUUGGGAUUUUACAAUGCCGCACUGAACAUUGGGAUUUCAGCUGGCGCAAUGUUUCCAUGGGGGACUGGAUUCAUGAACAUGCCCUCAUAUCUACCUGACAGAUUUUUUAUGGGUGGUAACACUUCUCCAGUCUGCUCUAUGGGUGGCCCAACUUCAAUCUUCGGUUUUAAGUUAAGGGGAGUUGGCCCUUUUGAUCCAAGAAGGCUAGUUAAAGAAAGUGGUAGUGAUCAUGAAGUUUCUGAUUCUUCUGAUCUGGACUUCAUUGGAGGAGAUCUUGCAGUUACUGCCUUUGCAGAUGUUUCUUUUGAUCUUCCAUUGAAAGUCCUUAGGGAAGCUGGAAUACAUGGACAUGCUUUUGCAUGCACCGGAAGCCUUAACAAAUUAAGUGAACAUGCAUUCCGAGACCUCUCUUUCCAGAAGUUCCGUGACUCGUUUAAAGCUUCAACGGGGUUCGGAGUCAUUGUUCCAACUAAACUGUUCAGGAUGGAGGUUAAUUACUGCUACAUACUGAAACAAGGAGAGCAUGAUAGAGGGAAGACUGGGUUGCAGUUUAGCUUUUCUUCAUCGUUCUAAUAGCAGGAAAAUUUAUCCAUCAUGUUUAAGGUAAACUUCACAUGUGGUCUUUCACCAUUUCUGUCCGAGGGGUCAAUUUUGACAGCAUUAAAUAUGUAAUCGAAAGACUUUGACCCUGGAUGAUCCAAUGCUACAGGGAAUAAAUUUGGGCUUGAGCAUUAAACAUGAUUUCCUCCUCACUGAUUCAAAUUGUUUGGAAAAUGAAAAUCAUUUUUUAUGAAGCAUGACUCGACG